AGAGCUGCGCGCGCGUCAGUCGUCCCAGCCGCUUCGCCAUGCCGGCCUGCGCGCCAGAAUUCAGUCGCCUAGCGCGCUCUAACACAGAACUUAUCUUUUCGCCGCGAGUUAAAAGAUGCUCCCACCAGCCGCCGCCAUUCACGGCCCUUCGCCGCUCCUUCUCCUCCACGUUCUCGCUCAUCCCCGAAGAACGCGCCGUCUCACCUGAGCGGCCGCCGCCGCUACCACGCGCCGUACGAAUACUCACAUGGGGACCCCGGCUGUGCCUGCGGCCGCUCUUCGCACUCCUCAGCUUCGUCUCCCACCCGGCCUGGAAACAAAUUCUAGUGGUGUUACCGACGCUGUGGAUCGCCGCUUCGCUGUUCAUAUUCUGGAAGUGUAUCCAAUGCCCACUCGGACUGCUGAAAAUGUUCGGACGUGCGCUCAGCGCGAAGAAUCCUAACAAACCCCGCACUGUACUCAUCAGUGGGGGAAGUUCUGUUCAGGCACUGCAUCUAGCGAGGAACUUCCACUCUGCUGGAGCCAGAGUGGUCGCUUUCGAAAUUGAGGGUCAGUUUGCAUUGCUGAAAUAUUCUGCGGCUGUAAAUAGAUUCUAUACGGUUCCAAGGCCCAACCCAGCUGAUCCGUUAGCUUAUGCACGAGCACUGAGGGAAAUCGUUGAUAGAGAAUCGGUCGUGUUCUACGUGCCAGUAAGUUCUACGACCCCAGCAUACUAUGACGCGCUCGCGAAACCACACUUGGAGAUAGUGGGAUGCCAGUGCUUUGUGCCAUGCGCCCGGGACGUGGUAUCUCUGGAUGAUCCAUUGGAAUUGAUACGAGUGUGUCGUGCAGCUGGCUUGCCGACUCCUCAAUUUAGUGUGGUCACUAGUGAAGAAGACGUUCGACAAUGGUACGAGAGCGGAGCUUCAAAAGAAGGCCGGCAUUUCAUCGCUAGCGCUGGAGCCCGAGGCGCUAGAGAUCGACUUAGAUUCGUUAUGCCUGAGGACAGGGGUCACUUCCGAUUCCCACGAGAAAUCAGUGUUGAGAAGCCAUGGGUGAUCGUGAAGGAGCCAAAGGGCGAGAGGAUUGUGACUUGUACCACAUUGAAAGAGUCACGUGCCGUUAACAACGUGUCGUGCCGGGUGGACUCGGUUCGAAAAGGUUUAGUACCGCAGAAAGACGAAGAAGCUGAUGCUUGGGUUCAACGAUUUGUAUCUCGUUUGGCGCCUGCAAGGCCUAUGACUGGUCACGUAUCCUUCAGACUCGUUCGUGAAGAAUGUACUACGAAUGGUCAUAGCAACCGAUUGGUGGCCAUCGGCGCACGUGUUGGGGUGUCGUUGCCGUAUCUAUGCCAAGGUCCUACCCGAUGUGGGCAUUCGGCUUCAGUGGGAAAAUUCUUGGACACUGUCCUGGACACAAGAGAGGCUUUGUUUACGUUUUGGGAUCCUCUUCCGUACUGCGCGUACUACCAGUACCGGGCACCUGAUGACAGGCGGCCACCGCCUCCGGAGCCGUGCAAGACGCCUCCGAAUGUGCCUCUCUGAAGGUUAAAUGUAAAAAUUAGAGUUUAUUUAUUAAUAAUUCGCUCAAGUACCUGAAGAGUGCAUGAGUCGAGUACGCUCCAUGAGUGCCAUAUCUAUUCGCUCUCGUCUGUUGUUCUUUGACCUGCGUGAAUGACAAGUGGGACAAGUAAGGGUCGGGGGACGAUACGACAUGUUUGUAACUACUAAGUAGAUAUUAUAAGUGUACUGCAUAAAUAUUAUUGUAGAGAUUGUUUUCUUUAUCACAAGAAAGAAAUAAACUUAAUUAUGAUACAAUAUA